AUGCCUGCCAUGUCGAAAGCAAGAAGACAAGAGCCAAGUUGGUUGAAAGCGCCUGUUUUCCACACAUUUCGAAAUUCCUCAGAUUUUGCUGCUCAAGCUCAGACAAGACAACUUAUCACGACAAAUCGCGACAAAUCUUCCAAAAUGUCGACGACCACCAAGAAGCCCGCUGGCAAGACUCAAAGAUCCGCCAUCGCUGAUGUCGUUGCGCGCGAGUACACCAUCCACUUGCACAAGAGAUUACAUGGUGUUUCUUUCAAGAAGCGUGCCCCAAAGGCCAUUAAGGAGAUUAAGGCAUUCGCUACUUUGUCAAUGGGUACCACCGAUGUUCGUCUCGAUCCCCAAUUGAACAAGAAGGUCUGGGAAGCUGGUAUCAAGGGUGUUCCAUUCAGACUCCGCGUACGAAUCUCGAGAAAGCGUAACGAUGAGGAGGGUGCCAAGGAGAAGUUGUACAGUUACGUCCAGGCCGUCAAUGUCCAGAACCCUAAGGGACUCCACACCGUUGUUGUUGAGGAUGCAUAA